AUGGACCUGUUCCUCGGUCAGGACAGAAAGAGGGAGAUCGAUCACUCGAACGGUAUCUAUUUCGGUGACGAUGGACGUUUGAUGCUCGGUGACAAACAAUUUGAUCUUGAAAAGGACGAUGCUAUACUCGUGGACAACGUGAGGUACCGCGGCACGCGAGGAUUGUACGAAUUGAUCUUCAUGAAAAAGCCCGAUAGACAAUUCAUCACCCUUCCCGACAACAUGACGUACAAGAGUAUAAUUAUGGCAACGAACCUCUACAACCGUGCCUACAAAGAGGGCGAACGCAUCAGAGGUAACAGGGGAACGAAGUACACGGAGUUUAUCAAGCCGCUCAUAUCCGAGCAUCUGAAACGUAGAAAGGGACUGGGCUUGCCUGUCGCCAUGACUUUUAUUAAGAACUUUCUCAAUCAUCAAAUUCCUGAAGAACAGGUGGGAUUUGUGAAAGACAAAGGUACAAGGGAACAAAUUCUCAAUGUACGUCAGAUUAUUGAGAAGAGCCGUGAGUUCAACAAACCGGUCGUGCUAUGUUUCGUCGACUACGUGAAAGCAUUUGACUGUGUGAGUUGGGAGAAGCUGAGGAAGGUCGUAAAAGAAAUGGGAGUAUCGGAACACCUAAUCAGUCUUAUCCGCAUUCUAUAUCUGGACAACGGAGCCUAUGUAAAGAUCGACUCCCGGUACGCCAAUGUCUUCAAGACAAGAAGAGGAAGAAUUUGUUACGUCUGCGGAUCGUCAGAGCACGUGGCGAGAGACUGCCCUGAACGGAAGCAACCUGCAGUGUCGAAGGCUGACGGAAAAUCAACUACGACAACGAACCUCAUACAGCGCGCCGUAUUUCCAAAACCGUAUAUGAUUACAGUGAAGAUAAGUUCGAGCAAGAAGUAUGGUAAAGUAGAUACCUAUGUGAUCGACGCGAUAAUUGAUUCAGGCUCACCAAUCAGUAUUAUUCGAGAUAGCAUUGUCAAAAAAGAAGCUUGUUCCCCGAUAGACGAAGAUAUUAGUCAGUUUUGCGGAAUAAACGGUUCGCGACUUGAAGUAUUAAAUAUCUUUUACGGCCAGUUGGAAGUACAAGGCGUGUGUACAACCAUAAAAUUCUAUAUUGUACCCGAUAACAUGAUGGCGUAUAAAGUACUGUUAGGCAGAGAUUUCUUAGCGUGUCCGUCGUUGCGUGCUACUGUCGGAGAUACUGUCGGAAAUUGA